AUGCCGGGCCCUUGGAUGCUGUUCACCCUAUCUUUGAUCUUGACCUUGACCGGUGUCCCGGGAUACCGAGCCCAGCCAGAGGAGGCCCAGAAAGAAGUCGCAAUGGCCGCGGAGCGUCCCGGGCUGGACGACCUCCUGCGCCAGGCGGAACGCCUCCUCCUCCUCGGUGAAGACCUCCAGCGGCUUCGAGGAGACCUGGGCCAGCCCUCAGAGUCCCAGCUCUUUCAACCCAACUGGCUCUCCAAGCGUCAGCAUCCAGGCAAAAGGGAGGAGGCAGAAGAAGGGGUUGAAGAGACGGAGGAGGAGGAAGAAGCGGGGGCUGUGGGGCCCCACAAACGGCAGCACCCAGGCCGGCGGGAGGAUGAGGCUUCAUGGCUUGAUGUUACCCAGCACAAGCGGCAGCACCCUGGCGGGCAUUCCCCCUGGCUGGAAUAUGCUGUCAUCAAGAGGCAGCACCCAGGCCGAAGGCUGGUGGAUCCCAAGGUCCAAAGGAGCUGGGAAGAGGAGGGAGAGGAGGGAGAGGGAGCAUUGGUGCCUGAGAAACGCCAGCAUCCGGGCAAGAGGGCCUGUGGGCCCCAGGGAGUCUGUGGUCAAACUGGCCUCCUGCUGGGGCUCCUGGAUGACCUGAGCAGAGGCCAGAGGGCCCAGGAGAAGUGGCAGCACCCUGCAUGGAGGGUGGCCUGGACCAGGGAGCCCCUGGAGGAGUGA